AAAUGCAGCGGGAUUUAGGGAGUUUUCCGUUGUCCCCAGCCGUGCGGGUGAAAUUGGUGUCUGCAGGUUUUCAGACUGCUGAGGAACUCCUAGAGGUGAAACCUUCCGAGCUCAGCAAAGAAGUUGGGAUAUCUAAAGAAGAAGCCUUAGAAACGCUGCAAAUAAUAAGAAGAGAACGUCUCACAACUACACCGAGACCUGCUGGUACCUCUGAGUCAGGCAAGAAGUGUACAGCACUGGAGCUUCUCGAGCAGGAGCACACCCAGGGGUUCAUAAUUACCUUCUGUUCAGCACUAGAUCAUAUUCUUGGAGGUGGAGUACCCUUAACGAAAACAACAGAAAUUUGUGGUGCACCAGGUGUUGGAAAAACACAAUUAUGUAUGCAGUUGGCAGUAGAUGUGCAGAUACCAGAAUGUUUUGGAGGAGUGGCAGGUGAAGCCAUUUUUAUUGAUACAGAGGGAAGUUUUAUGGUUGAUAGAGUGGUAGACCUUGCUACUGCCUGCAUUCAGCAUCUUCAUCUUAUAGCAGGAGCACACGUGGGACCGGAGCACCAGAAAGCUUUGGAGGAUUUCACUCUUGAAAAUAUUCUUUCCCAUAUUUAUUAUUUUCGUUGUCGUGACUACACAGAGCUACUGGCACAAGUUUAUCUUCUUCCAGACUUCCUGUUAGAUCACUCAAAGGUCCGAUUAGUGAUUGUGGAUAGUAUUGCUUUUCCUUUUCGUCAUGACCUAGAUGACUUAUCCCUUCGUACCCGGUUACUAAAUGGCCUUGCCCAGCAAUUGAUCAGCCUUGCAAAUAAUCACAGAUUAGCUGUAAUUUUAACCAAUCAAAUGACAACAAAGAUUGAUAGAAAUCAAGCUUCCUUGAUUCCUGCUUUAGGGGAAAGUUGGGGACAUGCUGCUACAAUACGGCUAAUCUUUCACUGGGACCAAAAGCAGAGGUUGGCAACAUUGUACAAAUCACCAAGCCAGAAGGAAUCUACAAUACUGUUUCAAAUCACAGUCAGUAUUAUUUAAUUAGAGUGGGAUUUUUAUACUUGUGGGCAGUAAUUAUCUGAAGAGAGCAUUUCCAAAUUGCUUCUGUUACCUUCUGUAGGCAACAAACAUAUUUGAGGGCAGCUUUUGAAGCUUAGAACAUUAUCCCCAAAAUAGUACUGUAUACAGAAUACUCUAGUCAUAAUUGGAAUGAAGUUUAUUCUUAAGAACAGAGGAAAUGCUUAUUU